AUGACCAUCAUGAAACCGGGCCCUGCAGAUGAGCCCCGUCUGGACUUGGGCAAGAAGAUGAGCACAACGCAGGACCUGAUGAUCGAGGAACUCUCCCUGCGGAAUAACCGCGGCUCCCAGCUCUUCCAGCAGCGCCAGAGGCGGAUGCAGCGCUUCAUUUUUGAGCAUCCCAGUGGCUACAGGGAGCUCCCAGGGCCAGGGGGCUCACACCGCACUGAGAAAGGAGAUCCAGCAAAUGAAGGGAUGGCAGAGGAGAAUGCUGAGGGCCAGCAGAAUUAUCACUCCGAGCUCCACGUGGCAGCAUCGCCCCAGGGUGGCCCCCCAGAAGUGCCGAAGAAGACAGAGAAAGUCUUGCAUAUGAGCAAAGUCCUGAACCCCAGUGCCCUGGCCCCAGGGUACUCGAGCCCCCUCAAAGAAAUCCCCCCGGAGAAGUUCAACGUCACCGCCAUCCCCAAGGGCUACCGGUGCCCGUGGCAGGAGCUCUUCGGUGACAGGGAUGAUGCUGUGUAUGGCAAGAACCAGCCACCCAUGAAACCCCCUGCGUGGGACUUCAGGAGCUUCAACAGGACCCCAGCCCCGUUUGACAGGGCGGUGGUUGGGGAGCUGUUCUCUGUGCCCACCGCAGAGCUGGACAACCUGAGCGCGCUGGAGGUGAUUUCCCACAGGCCCAACUUCAACCGCGUGGCGCAAGGCUGGGUGCGGAUCCUGCCGGAGAGCGAAGAGCUGUAGCUGUUCCUUCCACACCACCACGGAUGGUUUCCUCGCUAGAC